UACCACAGCCGCGGGGAGCAGUCGAGAACCGGACCCUUUGAGGGCAGAGAAGCCCCCUCUUCCCUUCGCCCCCCUCCUCUCCCUGUCCCCUUCUAUCUCCCCCUCCCUCUUGGAGCUCGCGCUGCCAGUCACCGAUUCAUGUGACAGCGGGAAUGAAAACAAGGUUUUGAUUCAUCUCCAGUAUGUCUUCCCCCAAAAUCGCUUCCCUUUCUUGGGGUCAAAUGAAGGUCCAAGGUUGUAGCACAACCUACAAGGACUGCAAAGUGUGGCCAGGGGGCAGUCGGUCCUGGGACUGGAGAGAAACCGGAACCGAGCAUUCUCCAGGUGUGCAGCCUGCAGAUGUGGAGGAAGUAGCCAAGAAGGGUGUGGAAACCCUUGUAAUUGGUCGGGGAAUGAGUGAAGCAUUGAAGGUGCCGGCCUCCACUGUGGACUACCUCCGGAGACAAGGGAUCGAUGUCCUGGUCCUCCAGACAGAGAAGGCCGUGAAAGAGUACAACACCCUGGCUGCCCAGGGUGUCCGGGUGGGGGGUGUCUUCCACUCAACCUGCUGACCCACCUCCCCACCUUGGAGAAAAUAAAACAGAACUUACAGCCUUUCCUCUUGA